CAUAGCCAUGGCUUCCUCCUCCGAGCAAGACUUGGCCUCCCGCUACCCAACCCACCUCAACCGCUUCCCUCGCUCCCAACUCUUCUGGGACGCCAAGCUCGCCUCCCACGUCGGCCACAAGCUCGCCCUUCGUCUCCUCGACCUCGCUGUCACCGCCGUCCAUAUUGAUGUCGCCGAAGAGCUCUCCAGGCCUCCCCACCUCCGCUUCCGAGUCUGGCCCCUCUUCGUCUCCGUUAAACGCGCCGGCGUAGUCGUCCACGGCGCCGAUAAGCUCGUCUUUGCUUAAUUUGUUUUUUGUAAUCAACAUUACGAAUAAUAAAAUAGAAAAUUACAGUUUUGUCCUUCGCUACCACAGCACCUAUAUAACCUGUCCGCCGCAGAAAAGAGAGAGAGAGAGAAAAUGGCGAACGAGAAGUCGGUGAUGGCGGUGAUCAGAGCGGCGAGGCCAACCUUCCGCAACAACAGCGACAAGGUUGCUUUCGCAGUUCACGCCUCUUUCGCGGCCUCCGGUUACGAGCUUAUCGCCACCGGCCCUCCUGCUUUUUCCGAUUCCGCCCUCUCGUCUUCCUCCACUGACGAAGUAGGAAUUGACGGAUGGAACGAGCUGGACGACGAGUACGCUUUCGUCUACGCCAACUCAGAAAGGAACAAGUUGCUCGUGAAAUGCCUUGUCAUCAAUGAUAAGUUGUUCGUCGAUGCUUUGGCUUCUGGCUCUUCCUUCCAUCUCGAAAUCAGCGUGGGUGACUAUGUUGGAGAGAGCGGUGGCAGCGGUAAUUACUCGUCGCAGUUCAAGAAUUUGGAGGUACUGGUGAAGAGUCUGGACGCUCAAGUUUUGUCUAAAUUAGAUGGCUCUUUAAAAGCCGGUUCGAGCAGUAACAAAGCCACAAGUUCGGAAACAAGUGAGAGACCAGCAACUGAGCCACGGAGUGGACUUUCAGAACCUCUUCCUUCCAGAAUUGUCUAUCCUCCUGUUAAUCCUAUAGGUGAUAGUGAUCGUUUCCCUGGGCCUGGUGCUGGAAUGUAUCCUACUAGAGGUGAUUUUGGUGGUGGGGGAAUGCUUCUAGGACCAAAUGAUCCUCGGUGGUUUGGUGGCAUUAGAGAGCCUGGGUUUCCUGGAGGACAACCGGGUGUUCCUCCUGGUGCUCGUUUUGACCCCUUUGGUCCACCUGGUGUUCCUGGUUUUGAGCCCAAUAGGUUUGCAAGGAAUCUGCGGAGGCCAGGGAGUGGCCCUCAUCCAGAUUUGGAACAUUUUGGGAGUGGUUCUGAUUUCAUUUAGACGUUCUUCUCUUGUCUAACCACAAUGUUCUGUUAUACUCGGCAUUCUUAAAUUACUCCUUCCCUUUUAGACGAAAAUUCUUAUCCUUGUAUGUUUAAUAGCUUUACAUGUACUUAAGAAUGUUGGAUCUCAAAUUCCUAUAUAAUAUAUAGCUAACAUGUGAUAAGUGCUUCCUUGGA